CAUUGACUUGGUUCUAACUUUUAUUUAAUUUCCUAUAUGCAAACACAAUGUACAGUGUCACGUGCGUUACAUUUCAGUGGCUUCGAAUACAAUUAAAAAUAUGUUGCUUUUGUUUUUAGGAAUAAAACUUCUGCUACAUAUUAAUUGGCUACGUAUUUUGGGCGGUACUGGCAAUCUAAGUUUGAAAUCACAAAAAAUCGCCCUUUAAAGGUAAGCACACUGAAAAGUCAUCAAAAGUUGAAUGAUUCAUUUACAAUUGCUAAAAGUUAAACGACACCCUUUAGUUUCAGGAUGUUGCGAACGUAAUCCACGCUAUGGGCGGAGCUAACACCAACGACGGGGGAGUGUUUUUGCCAAUAAUCCCUUGGCUAGUUUCGAACUUUAUCGUAAUAUACUUUUCAUAAACAAUGCUUUUUUGGGCACGGCGGUGGAAUGAGCUCGUUCAAGGUGUCCACUUGUAAGACUCAAUGAAAUGUGCUCCAUGGGUUGAAAGCAAAGUGAAGUCUCAUUUUGAGACAAAUAACGGUACACGACGCCAGCCGAAUGUUAGCUCAGAGCGGAGCCAGCAGGCUAAUUCGGGCUAAAUUGUGAUGGAACGCGGGGCUUUUUCAAAAUAUUCCUGGAUUGAUUUCGUCUUCUCUGUCAUCGGCGUAUGUACUUUUUUGGUGGACUGGGGCUCCGAUUUAUGGGUCGCCGUCGAGUUUUACUGCCGCGGUGACUUUUUGUGGUUCGGGGCACUGGUCGCCCUCAUGAUCCUUUCGUCUUCCGUGGUCCAAAUGUUCAGCUGGUUCUGGUUGAAGUAUGACCGCCAAUUGCCCGGCUUCCGAAAUGAGAUCGGAGCCGAAGCGGUGCUCUUUGUGGACAGAGUUAAACUCACGUGCCUGUUGCAUGUGCUGCAGCUGGGUUUCUUAUGCAGGCACAUUUCGGCCAUUAGACAAGGCUUCCGGGUAUGGUGGCGGAAAGAGGAAGGCUCUGAGUAUGCCGUCUACCUGACCCACGACCUCAGCAUGCUGCGACUCAUCGAGACGUUCUGCGAGAGCGCCCCGCAGCUGGCGCUCAUGAUCUAUGUGGUGUUGCGCACCAACAAAGCCAGGACCGUCCAGUUCGUCAGCAUUGUGGCAUCAACCACUUCCAUAGCCUGGAUGGUGGUGGACUAUCACCGUUGCCUGCGCUCCUUCCUACCAGACAAGGCCAAGCAGGGUUGGGGCUCCUCGUUCGUUUAUUUCCUGUGGAACCUGUUACUCAUCUCCCCUCGGGUCGCUGGCCUGGCCCUCUUCGCUUCAGUCCUGCCCACCUACAUUGCCGCCCACUUCCUGAUCGUUUGGUCUAGCUUUGUCGUAUGGGCUUGGCGCCAGAGGACCGACUUUAUGGACAGCGUCGGGGGGGAAUGGCUCUACCGGGCCACCGUGGGGCUCAUUUGGUACUUCAGCUGGUUUAAUGUCGCAGAAGGUCGGACUCGAAGCAGAAGUAUCAUUUAUCAUACCUUCAUCACUACCGACGGAGGAAUCCUACUGGCCACUUGGUGGUGCUACCGAGACCCUGUGACCUCCCAACCUUACGCAAUGGCGCUGCUCAUCACUCUACCUCUUACCUACCUGCUGGGACUGCUCUUUAAAUGCAUCUACUACUGUUGCUUCCACCCCAAACUGUGGAGGCCCCCGCUCAGGGAACCAGGACUGCCCGACGACUUGCCUGAUGCAGAAGUGUCCUUCAGAGAAUUUCCCAUCCAGGAUGGUGCCCUAUCUUCUCAGCUGCUCAAUAAAAGGAUGGCGCACAAUGCGGCACUCUUUUACUCCAGUCAGUGAAAACGCUGGAGGAAGAAAAAAAAAAGAGAGUUGACUUGUCUACGGGUAACGUUCGUUAUCGUUUUAGCCUGUUUUUGUGUGUCCUCUUGAGACAGUCGGAGACGAUGGGCCAACAUUAGUUACACCCGCACAAUCCUAUGACACCCAAAUCUUUGUGAUAUGAAAUUAUCAACAUUGGCACAUUUAGAAAUAAAAUUUAAUUCCCGUGGCGCAACAAUCCCCAUACAUGUUGCAGUAAAACUGUUUACCAAGUCAUAUCAUUCUUUCGUGUGUUAACCCUUUCAUGCACCAAUAAUGAUAACCAGAUAAGCUGUCCACUGUAGUAACCACUGUCCCCGAAACGGUUAAAUAUAGGGAAUGACAGGAGGGACAUUUUAUAAGCUAAUUUGUCUAAAUGACCCCCCCGCCCUCACUUUGUUUGGGAUUGAUAAUACACUCUCACAAGGGUGGAGAAUUGCUGCUAAUAACGUGUCCGUAUUUACAGGUGUACAUACAAGAACUUGGACAAUAAUUAAGCUGUGGCAACAUGUCGUAAAAUAAAAUGUCAAGCAGUUUGACAAAAAUAAAA